CAAGUAAUCUCUACUCUGAAACUCAGACCAUGCUAGAUUCUUUGAAGACAGAAACAGAAGCAAACAUCAAAUCUUAACUAACAUUGUUCCUUCCAUGAUAUUCCAUUCCAAUUUUCUCAACAAACUCAAAUUAUUCAAUUUCACCAAAAACACUAUUUUUUCUUCAUUUUCAUUCUCUUCACUCUCUUCAAACAUUCACACUCACCCAAACAUUCUUCAUCUCUGCAACACUUCCCAAACCCUUUCACAAACAAACCAACUUCACGCUUUUGCCAUCAUCAAUGGUUUCCUCCCUCAAAGUAUCUCCAUUUCCGCUUCUCUCAUUCUUCAAUACGCCACUUUUUCCCACCCAAAAACUUCCCUUUUUCUCUUCCAACAAUCUCUUCCAUUUUCCCGUACACCUUUCUUAUGGAACACCCUUAUCCGUGCUUAUUAUUCCAUUGCUGGUUUCUUUGAUGAUUUUACUAUCUAUAACACCAUGAUUCGUUCUGGUGUUAUGCCUGAUGAUCAUACCUACCCUUUUGUUUUAAAGGGUUGUUCUGAUUUUUUACAGAUUCAUAAGGGUAGAGAGGUUCAUGGGGUUGUGUUUAAGUUUGGUUUUGAUAGGGAUGUUUUUGUUGGAAAUACCCUUUUGAUGUUGUAUGGUAAUUGUCGCUUUUUUGUUGAUGCGAUUAAGGUGUUUGAUGAAAUGCUUGAGAGGGAUGUGGUGUCUUGGAAUACUGUUAUUGGUUUGUGUUCUGUUCAGGGUUUUUAUGAGGAGUCGUUUCGUUUUUUUAAAGAGAUGGUUGUGGCUGUGCCGUUUAUUAGGCCGAAUUUGGUUACUGUUGUUAGUGUGUUGCCCGUGUGUGCAGAUAGUGAGAAUGUGGUAAUGGCGAGAAUUGUGCAUGGCUAUGUUUUGAAAGUUGGUUUGUUGGGUCAUUUAAAAGUUGGAAAUGCAUUGGUUGAUGUUUAUGGGAAAUGUGGAAGUGGGAAGGAUUCGAAGAAAGUUUUUGAUGAAAUGGAAGAGAGAUCUGAGGUUUCAUGGAAUGCUAUUAUUACUAGUUUUUCUUUUAGAGGGCUAUAUAUGAAUGCUUUGGAUGCGUUUAGAUCGAUGAUUGAUGCAGGAAUGAAACCAAACUCUGUCACUGUAUCUAGUAUGCUACCGGUAUUAGGAGAAUUAGGACUUUUUAAGUUGGGAAUGGAAGUCCAUGGCUUUAGUUUAAGGACGGGAAUUGAGUCUGAUAUUUUCAUUGCCAACUCAUUGAUAGAUAUGUAUGGGAAUUCUGGUUUGUGGUGUGUAGCCUCCACUAUUUUUAACAAAAUGGGUGAUAGAAAUAUUGUGUCAUGGAAUGCUAUGGUCGCAAAUUUUGCUCAGAACAGACACCAUUUUGCAGCUGUAGAAUUAGUGAGGCAAAUGCAAGCUCAUGGAGAAACCCCCAACAAUGUGACCUUCACAAAUGUUCUUCCAGCAUGUGCAAGAUUAGGUUUUUUGAAUGUUGGAAAAGAAAUUCAUGCGAGAAUAAUUCGGGUUGGAUACGCCUUUGAUUUGUUUGUCUCCAACGCUCUCACAGACAUGUAUUCGAAAUGCGGAUGCUUAAGCCUUGCUCGAAAUGUUUUCAAUAUUUCUAUCAAGGAUAAAGUUUCCUACAAUAUUCUUAUUAUAGGCUAUUCUCAAACAACUAACAGCUCAGAGUCUCUAAAUUUGUUUACAGAAAUGAGACUCUCCGGCAUGAUGCCCGAUAUUGUUUCAUUCAUUGGUAUCAUAUCAGCUUGUGCAAAUCUUGCUUCCAUAAAGCAAGGUAAGGAGAUUCAUGGGUAUCUGAUAAGAAAUCUUUUCCACACUCAUCUUUUUGUAGCAAAUUCCCUUUUGGAUUUGUAUACCAAGUGCGGUCGAAUCGAUCUUGCAACUAAAAUCUUUGACCGUAUUCAACACAAGGAUGUCGCCUCAUGGAAUACUAUGAUUUUGGGGUAUGGUAUGCUUGGCGAAUUGGAAACUGCAAUCAACCUGUUUGAAGCAAUGAAGGAAGAUGGUGUGGAAUAUGAUUCAGUUUCAUUUAUUGCAAUUUUAUCUGCAUGUAGUCAUGGUGGACUAAUUGAAAAAGGGAAUAAAUACUUUAAGAAAAUGAAGGAUCAUAAUAUUGAACCAACACAUAUGCACUAUGCUUGUAUGGUUGAUCUUCUUGGAAGAGCAGGACAAAUUGAAGAAGCUGCAAACCUUAUUAGAGGCUUAUCUAUUAAACCUGAUGCUAACAUAUGGGGUGCACUACUCGGAGCUUGCAGGAUAUAUGGAAAUGUGGAAUUGGGGCAUUGGGCGGCCGAACAUUUGUUUGAGUUGAAGCCUGACCACUGUGGUUACUAUAUACUUCUUUCAAAUAUGUAUUCAGAAGCUGGAAGAUGGGAUGAGGCAAAGAGGGUGAGGGAAUUAAUGAAGUCAAGGGGUAAGAAAAAUCCUGGUUGUAGUUGGGUUCAAAUUGGAGACCAGGUGCAUGUUUUUCUAAUUGGUGAGAAAAUAGAUAGCUUAGAUAAUGAAUUUUGGUUAUCAGAAACUGAUUGAACUUAUAUUGCAGGAGGAUUAAUUACACUGUUAAAGGUAUUUCUGUUGUAUAAGCAAAAUGGAUUUUGUUUUUUCUUCUAUUACAGCUUAACCACAUUCCUUGGAACCACAAAACUUUGUAAAAAAAAAGUAAUAUUUAUUAGAGAUUAGUGUAUUUAAAAAUUUGAAAAGUGCCUUAUAUUGAAAAAGGUUAAGAACUAAAAUUAUUUAUCUGUGUUACUGUUAAAUACACUUUUGGUCUCUCUAUUUAAAAAAAA